CCAGAGCCUCUUGCCACUGCAAACAAACUCCAAACACAUGCACUCUUCUGUGUUUUGGGGAAGGGCAUACUUUUCAAGCAAGCAUCUUUAGCAGAUAAGCCAUCUUGCCAGACAGACCUAAACCUUUUGAAACACGAAAUCUACGUUCAAGGAAAGUAAGCACUCUGGAUAAGAAAGUCAUAACAAAAAUGUGAUAUAUCUGCCUCUUUCUCAUCUUUCAAAUAAAUAAAUAAAUGAAUUAUUUUUAAAAGAUAUGAGGAACUAUUAAAAGGACCAAGAACUUUGAGUCCCUAAGACAAGGUGGAGCUCUCAGGAUGAAGGGCACAGUCCCUAGAAGAGGGACACAGUAAAGGGCACUGCUUUUGCUCAGGAGAUUCCCUACUCCAGCCAAAGUUGGCCUUGUCCUCCAUCCGUGGGAUCCUGAGCCUGCUCCGUUUCAGAUAAGCCAUCGUAGAUUCUCCAAGUACAGCUUUCCACUCCUGGAGGAACGCCGCAGUCCUAGGUCUAAGCAGAGCAUUCCUAAAAUGUCCAAGGGACUACCGAAGCCUUGCACUAUGUUGGAAGGAGACUAAAGGGAACAAGGAAAGAGGCGGCCACCCUCCACCCCUGCUGGCCACAGGCUCCCGGAGAUCUCUGCAGGCGACCUCUGCCCUACCAGUGGCACGUUUGUACACUUGUUCAGUACUCACCUUGCCCAGUGACACCCUGAGCCCCACCUAGGCCCUACCCAGUUGAAACUCCUACUUAGGUAAAGCCCUGAAGAGCAGCUGCUAGUUGGUGAAAGGCAGAGAGAGCGCCAGCACUGCAGACACAGGCCCGGGAGUCUACCAUGAGGCUGGGCCUGCAUCACGAGCAGCUGAGUGCAAUGACCUGUGGGCUCCUGCUUCUCCUCUCCGAGGUUUGUGGCGACAGUGCUACAGGGAGCAACAAGGACUCAGGCCGUGCCUCAAGGAGCCCCAUCAGAACCACACACACAGGGCAGGUGCGGGGCAGCCUCAUCCAGGUGAAGGACACUGACAGUGAAGUCCUUGCCUUCCUUGGAAUUCCCUUUGCUAAGCCACCUGUUGGACCUCUGCGGUUUGCACCUCCUGAACCACCUGAAUCAUGGAAUGGUGUGAGGGAUGGGACCUCCUACCCAGCCAUGUGUCUGCAGAAUGCUGAUCAGUUGAAUGUGAUUACGACGCUGUUCACUCUGACCCUGCCUUCAACCCCCAUGUCUGAGGACUGCCUGUACCUCAACAUCUACUCACCUGCCCACACCCAGGAGGGCUCCAACCUGCCUGUGAUGGUGUGGAUCCACGGCGGUGCACUGGUUGUAGGCAUGGCUUCCAUGACUGAUGGAUCCAGGCUGGCAGCCACUGAGGACGUGGUGGUGGUCAUGAUCCAGUACCGUCUGGGUGUCCCGGGCUUCUUCAGCACUGGAGACCACCAUGCCAGCGGCAACUGGGGAUACCUGGACCAAGUGGCCGCCCUGCGCUGGGUCCAGCAGAACAUUGCCCACUUCGGAGGCAACCCUGACCGUGUCACCAUUUUUGGCGAGUCAGCAGGUGGCAUAAGUGUGUCUUCACAUGUUGUGUCCCCCAUGUCCCGAGGACUCUUCCACGGAGCCAUCAUGCAGAGUGGGGUGGCUGUGCUGCCUGGCCUCAUCUCCAGCUCCCAUGAGGGGGUCUACAGAAUGGUUGCCAACCUAUCUGGAUGUGAGCAGCUCGACUCAGAGGCCAUGGUAGGAUGCCUGCGGGGCAAGAGUGAAGAGGAAAUGCUAGCUAUUACCAAGAACUUCAACGUCAUAGCUGGUGUGGUAGAUGGAGUCUUCCUACCCAGGCACCCACAGGAGCUACUGGCCUUUGAUGAUUUUCAGCCUGUCCCCAGCAUCAUUGGUGUCAACAAUGAUGAGUUUGGUUGGCUUAUUCCCACAACCACUAAUAUCACUGACGCCAAGAAGGAAAUGGACAGAGAGACCUUGAAGGCUGUUCUGCAGAGCAUAUCAGCACAAUUGAUGUUGCCUCCAGAGUUUGUUGACAUGUUAAUGGAGGAGUACAUUGGAGACACCAAGGAUCCCCAGCUCCUCCAAGCCCAGUUCCUGGAGAUGAUGGGAGACAGUAUCUUUGUGAUCCCUUCACUCCAAGUAGCAAAUUUUCAACGUUCCCAUGCCCCUGUCUACUUCUAUGAGUUCCAGCAUCGCCCCAACAUCUUCAAAGACACCAAGCCACCCCAUGUGAAGGCUGACCAUGGUGAUGAGGUUCCCUUUGUCUUUGGAUUAUCCUUCUGGGGCAACAACAUUGACUUCACUGAGGAGGAGGAGCUGCUGAGCAGGAGGAUGAUGAAGUACUGGGCCAACUUUGCACGGCAUGGGAACCCCAACAGCGAGGGCCUGCCUCACUGGCCCAUAUUUGAUGAGGACGAGCAGUACCUGCAGCUGAACAUCCAGCCUGCUGUGGGCCAUGCGCUGAAGGCCCGCAGGCUACAGUUCUGGACCAAGACUCUACCCCAGAAGAUCCAGGAGCUAAAGGAAGCUAAGGGCAAGCAUGCAGAGCUGUAGUACCCCACGUUGGGUACAGGGUUGUCCUAAGAGUAGGCUACAUCAGCCUGAGGUCCUAACAUGUACUUAGACAUAAAGUUUAGUCCAACAUUCACAUAUCCAUUCUUUCCCUAUCCAUCCUUUUGUUCAGAUAACUUUUAUGAAAAAUUCCGAGGCAUGAUGUUCAUUGUGAAGCUUGCUAGGAAUCCACCUUUGUUAUACACACAGUGGAUCCCCCAGGCAAGAGUCUGGGGAGGUCAGUGAAAAAUUGCUUGCUAUGCAGGAAUGC